AGCCGGGCUACUGCGGCGGAGGGGAGGGGAAAGUCGCGGGGGCAGGAAGCAGCGGCUUAAAAGGGCAGCGGUCGCCGAGCGCUUCCUCCUCGCCUCAGCCCGGCUCGCCUCUGCUGCCGCCAUGUACCGCCGCCUGGGCGAGGCGCUGCUCCUGUCCCGCGGUGGGCCCUCCGCCACCGACCCCGCAGCUCUGUUCGGCUGCUGGGCCCGCGCGCCUCCUGUCGUCGCCCCACCGCCAGCCCUCGGGACGCCUGCCUACCGCCGCUACAGCGAUGCGGCGGCCGAGCGCGAGGACGACCCCAAUUUCUUCAAGAUGGUGGAGGGCUUCUUCGACCGCGGCGCCAACAUCGUGGAGGACAAGCUCGUGGAGGACCUGCGCACCCGCGAGAGCGAGGAGCAGAAGCGCAACCGCGUGCGCGGCAUCUUGCGCAUUAUCAAGCCCUGCAACCACGUGCUGAGCGUCUCCUUCCCCAUCCGGCGCGACGACGGUUCCUGGGAGGUCAUCGAGGGCUACAGAGCCCAGCACAGCCAGCACCGCACACCCUGCAAGGGAGGCAUCCGGUACAGCACCGAUGUGAGUGUGGAUGAAGUGAAGGCGCUGGCCUCACUGAUGACGUACAAGUGUGCAGUGGUUGAUGUGCCAUUUGGUGGAGCUAAAGCAGGUGUUAAGAUCAACCCCAAAAACUAUUCAGACAGUGAAUUGGAAAAGAUCACAAGAAGAUUCACCAUGGAGCUAGCAAAGAAGGGUUUUAUUGGUCCUGGCAUUGACGUGCCUGCCCCAGACAUGAGCACAGGCGAGCGGGAGAUGUCCUGGAUCGCAGACACCUAUGCCAGCACCAUAGGGCACUAUGACAUUAAUGCACAUGCCUGUGUUACCGGGAAGCCCAUCAGUCAAGGGGGAAUCCAUGGGCGGAUCUCUGCAACUGGCCGAGGGGUUUUCCAUGGGAUUGAGAACUUCAUCAAUGAAGCUUCUUACAUGAGCAUUUUAGGAAUGACACCCGGCUUUGGAGAUAAAACAUUUGUUGUUCAGGGCUUUGGUAAUGUGGGGCUGCACUCUAUGAGAUAUUUACAUCGUUUUGGUGCUAAAUGUGUUGCUGUUGGGGAGUCUGAUGGGAGCAUAUAUAAUCCAGAUGGUAUUGACCCAAAAGAACUGGAAGAUUUCAAGUUGCAACAUGGAUCAAUUCUGGGCUUCCCUAAGGCAAGGGUAUAUGAAGGAAGCAUCUUGGAGGCUGACUGCGACAUCCUGAUCCCUGCUGCCAGUGAGAAGCAAUUGACCAAAUCCAACGCACCCAGAGUCAAAGCCAAAAUCAUCGCUGAAGGUGCCAAUGGACCCACCACUCCAGAAGCUGAUAAGAUUUUCCUGGAGAGGAACAUCAUGGUUAUUCCAGAUCUCUACUUGAAUGCUGGAGGAGUGACAGUAUCUUACUUUGAGUGGCUGAAGAAUCUAAAUCAUGUCAGCUAUGGCCGAUUGACCUUCAAAUAUGAAAGGGAUUCUAACUACCACUUGCUGAUGUCUGUUCAAGAAAGCUUAGAAAGAAAAUUUGGGAAGCAUGGCGGGACAAUUCCUAUCGUCCCAACAGCAGAGUUCCAGGACAGGAUAUCGGGGGCAUCAGAGAAAGACAUCGUCCACUCCGGCUUAGCCUACACGAUGGAGCGUUCUGCCAGGUCCAGGGCUCCCAGCCUGGCCAGUGCUGACUAGAAAGGCAGUCGAAACAAUGGCUUAGUGCUGCAGUGCUACUCCAGGCAAGUACACAGGAGAUACAGCUUUGACACACAUAAGAUGUAGUGCAUGGCAUUUUCAGAAGGUGGCAUGGUCCUCGAGUGAGUUACUGGUAUUUCACAUCAACAAAAUGACUCAGUUUUACAAGUUGCAAAGAAAAAUAGCUUUUCCUCUUGCGCAUUUUAUUCUUUUAGAAUAAAAUAAGUACAUGCUGCUGUAAUAAAAUUGCCUUUAAUCACUUAACAAGCCUAGCCUUGACUCAAGCAGUGAAUACCUAUAUAGUAAAUGAAGAAAGCUAGUAUUUUUAUAACAAAGCAGUAUCAUUUAUAGGUUAUCAGUCAUGUAUUGUUCAGCAGGAACUACAGAGCCCGUUGAGCUGUCUUCAUACCUGCAGCCAUGGAGGCUAUUUUUGUUAACAAUCAGAAUUUGCUAACUACAAUUAUGACACAUAGUCCAAAGAAUGCAGUAACCUCCUUAUCAGAGUAAUUAAUCAUUCCUCCCCUUUGAAGACCUAUUGUGUUGACUAACUGAACCAUAAUUCAAGUGGAGUGUCCCAGAAAAGACCACUUGGGCUCCCUGUUUGGAGUCUGACUGGCUCUAAACACCACAGGGCCCCAGCCUGGCCUCAAUUUCUGCAUUCUGCACCUGCCCCCUUCACAGCAGGCUGAUACGCCUGGAGGACUGUUUUGUUUGGGGAAUUACUUGGCCAGGGCCCUUUGAACUGUAGUGUCCCAAUGGAGUACUAGAUAUUAUUUAUGUAAAGAUGAGCACCUUUGUUUUUUUUAACAAUGCCGUUUCAGAAAUUUCUAACCACUUUGUAACUGCAUGACAGCCUGGUGAUAAGAACAGUUAUUAAAAGUCUACCUUUUCCAGA